UCUGGAAAGAAGAGGUCGGCUUUCACUGCCCGCUUGGGAGGUGUUUCCAAACAGGACCUUCGUCAGCAGAUUUGGGACUACAUGGAAUCACAAAAUUUAGCUGAUUUUCCCCGGCCCGUUCAUCACAGGAUUCCCAACUUCAAGGGCUCCUACCUGGCUGGCCAGAGCAUCGGAGAACUAGAGGUUUUUGCCAGAGCGCAGGAAGUUAAGGUGGACCCCGACAAGCCACUGGAAGGCGUUCGGCUGCUGGCGCUGCAGAGCAAAAAAACAUUGUUGGUCCCAACACCGCGACUGAGAACGGGGUUAUUUAAUAAGAUCACUCCACCUCCCGGGGCAACGAAAGACAUCUUGAGAACAUGUGCCACCUCUCAGGGCGUGAGGAGCUACAGCACUCCCGUGGGCUUGGAUUCCAGGGUCCUUGUGGACUUGGUUGUGGUGGGGUCCGUUGCUGUUUCUGAAAAAGGCUGGAGAAUUGGGAAGGGAGAAGGUUACGCUGAUCUGGAAUAUGCCAUGAUGGUGUCGAUGGGAGCAGUCAGCCAGAGGACGCCUGUGGUCACCAUCGUCCAUGACUGCCAGGUCGUCGACAUACCUGAAGCGCUGCUCGAGGACCACGACCUAACAGUGGACUACAUUCUCACUCCGACGAGAGUCAUUGCCACGGGGUGUGAGCGCCCAAAGCCGACGGGAAUCAUAUGGUCCAAGAUCAGCUGUGAGGUGAUGGGGAAAAUCCCCAUACUCAGAAGCCUUCGUUGCCGAGAGAGGCAGGCUGGGAGAGAUGUCACCCUUCAGGAUGAGCCCCGGCACCCUGGGAGCCAGCAGCCACCUCCCCUGAGCACUGUCGGAAGACACCAGGACCCGCACCAGCCGGAAUCCUGUUCCAGGCAGGGGGAGGAUGGGCCUUCUAACUCUGUUUUCAUCGGGAACCUUCCGGGGCACCCAAGUGAGCUGGAGAGAGCCCUCCGAGACCUGGGCACAGUCCCCCAGAGGCUCAGGUGGCAGGGGCCACAGCGCAGGGCCUUCCUCCGCUGUGAGGGCCCCUCCUUAGCCCCUCCUCAGCCACCUCAGGCUGUCUCCUGCUUGCAGGGCUUGCGUCUGGGGGCCGCCACCUUGAAGGUGGCGCUGGCCAGGCCGCAGAGGGCCGGAGACGUGGCAGGCGGCUGUGCGGAGGAGCCACGCCCUGACCGCCGCUCAGCUAUCUCCGGCCUGUGAUGUGCUGCUCUGGGCCCCGUGGAACUUAAGGAGCCUGUGCAGCGGGGCUCGGAGCGUUGCUGCCUGGGCCGUCUUGAGGCCAGUCCUUUCCGGCACGUGCCAGCCUCCUGUUACUGCUGGGGCCUGCUGGUGAGAAGGAAGGGGGCCGCAGCACGCUGCCGACUUGUCCAGGCCCGGCUCUGUGCUUCAGCCUGCCUGCUGGGAGUCACAGCCGCGCUGGUCUCUCUGGGAGCUCGGAGGCCGCGGGGAGCAGAGUGAGUGAUGAACAAGUGGGAGUAGAUGGUGGCAGCGGUUAGGAGAGCCUGUGCUCUGGAUUUGGGAGGGGGUGGUCGGGGAGAAGGCCCUAGCAGGGAUCAGGUGCUGAGCACGCCCUGCCAUCCUUGGGUCCUCGGUCUGGUAUGACUGCAGGGGGAGCUCUUCAUACCGCAGAAUCCAGGUUCCCCGGGUGCAAACUGCUUGUCACAGCUCGGCGCUGGUGUCAGCGAUGGAGAGCCGGUGUGAUGUGCGGGUGGCGUGCGUCUCACUUCCGUGCCCUCCUCACCUUCCAGCCGCCUGCCGUCUCUGCGUGGACUCCCGCACGCCCCGCUAUCCUAUAGGAGACACCGGUCAUGGAGAAAGCUGUCCCAGCCUUCCUCACAGGCAGGGACAGAGGUGCUCACACCAGUUGGCCCAGGGCCUGAUGUUUCUUGGGGUUUCCCUCCAGUUCUCUGUUCCUAAAAAACAAAACUGGAUUUUAGUUGAACGACGCUUUCUUAACAGAAAGCAAUUGAUACUGGGCCAAAAGUCAAAUGAAGCAUUUAAGUGGCAAAAUUUUAAUUUUUUUUACCAGAGGGUCUUACUGAGCAUGUUUUAAGCACAGUCAUAGCUCAAGGCGGUAUGCCCUGCACAUACUUUCGAUAAAACCUGGGGGCACUGUCUCCCUUUGCAGAAGCACUUUGUCAUUGGUUUUACAUGAAAAUACUGUGCAGAUGUCAGAAACGAAGUCUGCCCUUAGAUGGCUCACUAUGUGCAGGCUCCUUUCCCCAGGCAUCGUGAGUAAAGCAAAUGGCAGAAAUAACUGAAAAACAAGGGGCGCCUGGGUGGCUCA